CAGGUUGAUGAGAAGUUGAAUGAACUGUCCGAGAAUAUGGAUGAGCUCGUGAAGAAGUGGGAAAGGUUGGAGGAGCUGUACGAGAAGGAGCUGUGGAAGGAGGCCCAGCUCAGAGAACUCGAGCUGCUGGCUGCAUGGCUGAGCUCCAAGGAGGGACUAGUGACAAGCAACAACUAUGGGGAUUCUGUCGACGAAGUGGAAGAUUUGAUCAAGAGGCACGAAGACUUCGAGAAGAUGCUAGCAGCUCAGAAUGAGAAGAUUAGCCAACUGGAGAAAACGGGAGAAGGGUUCCGAACAGAGGCGAGUGUGAAGGAGAAAGAACGCAAGGUGGCCCGGGUCCUGUCGCUGAAGAAAAAGGGAUCGGAUAAGAAGCCAACGCCAUUGAAGAUCGUUGGAAAACGUGAUCCAGACCUUGGGAGGUCCCCAAAGUCCUGGACAAAAGAGACAAUUGUUAGCCCAGCUCCAAAGACGCCCUCAACGUCUGACCUGUUCUUCUCUCCAGUCAGAAGGACUCUCCAGAGGGGUCCAGAUACUGGAGAGGACAGGAGACGGUCCCUUGUCCAAUCACCUCUGUCACCAAAGUCCUUCAGCCUUGGAGCAGGGCGUCCAGCUGUGAGAGCUUCGAAUCCAACCAGAGCCAAUGUCUCACUGCCACCCAAACCACUCCCCCGGCUCUCGUCCAGUGAGGUGCAAGAUCUGAUCUCGCCGGCUCGAGUUGGCACCAGCACCGAGGCAACUACAGCCCAAAGCCCUCUAACCUCUGACGGUUCUUCCCAGGGAGAGCUUUGCCCAGAGCGAGCCACAACUUUGACUGUGGACUCUGCGUCCAGCCCCGGGGAGAGACAGGGGCCUGGGGACACAGAGCUGUUAUCACUCACUGCGACUCAGCAGAGUGUUCAGCCAUUGAUCUCGACAGCAACAUCGACAGGUGAAAAGGUUUCAGUAGGAUACCAGGCGAUGGGGGGUACACUCGAACGAAUGCACAAAUUGCAGCCCGGAGGGAUUAAGGUCGACUCUGAAAACUGGGCCACCUAUUUUGUGACUCUGAAGGAGCAAGCCCUCUGUUUCUACAAGAACGACAGUGAUAGCUUGACGGAUUCUCCUUGCUGUCCAAAGCUUGUGAUUAGUGAUGCUCGUUGUGAGGAAGCUGCCGACUCCAUGGACAAGACACACACUUUCCAUUUACA